CACCUUUCAAUUCUUUAAUAUCUUCCACAAAAUUGUAGACUAUUCAACUCUUAUUCCCUAUUUAAACUAAUCCAAACUAUUCCUUAAUUCUCACCAAAACACAAAAUGGGAUACUCCAAUAUUGCCUUAAUCAUUUGUUUCCUUAUCUUUGCUAUAUUUCACUCAUCACAAGCUCAAAACUCUCCCCAAGAUUAUCUUAACCCUCACAAUGCAGCUCGUAGACAAGUUGGUGUCGGUCCUAUGACAUGGGACAAUAGGCUAGCAGCAUUUGCCCAAAAUUACGCCAAUCAAAGAGCUGGGGACUGCAGGAUGCAACACUCUGGUGGCCCUUACGGUGAAAACCUAGCUGCCGCUUUCCCCCAGCUCAACGCGGCUGGUGCUGUGAAGAUGUGGGUCGAUGAGAAGCAAUGGUACAAUUAUAAUUCAAAUACUUGUCAAGCGGGUAAAGUAUGUGGACACUAUACUCAGGUGGUGUGGCGUAACUCGGUACGUCUUGGUUGUGCUAGGGUCAGGUGCAACAACGGGUGGUAUUUUAUAACUUGUAAUUAUGAUCCACCAGGUAACUGGAUAGGACAACGUCCAUACGGUGAUCUUGAAAAUCAACCGGCUUUCGAUUCCAAGUUGGAACUUCCAACUGAUGUCUAAUUAUAAGUUUACAUGAUCAAACACAUGAAUGAAUAAAACGAUCAAAUGUUUUAAGGAAAAUAAAAUCCAGGAUAUGCUUAUGUGAUGUUAUCUUAUGUAGUGACUGGGGAAAAAUGUAGUCUAAACUUAUAUAUAUGCGUGCUUUUUUGUUGGUA